AUGGUGGAGGGUGAGGGUGAUGUCCAUGAGGGUGAACGUGAUGGGUAUGAGGGUGAUGGUGAGGAUCAUACUUCAGUACGAACAAAAAUGGUUGAGAGUCAGGGUGAUGCCCAUGAGGGUGAAGGUGAUGGGUAUGAGGGUGAUGGUGAGGAGCAUAGUGAUGUUGGUACAAAAAUGGUUGAGGGUGAGGGUGAUGCCCAUGAGGGUGAUGGUCAGGAUGUUGAUGUCCAUGAGGUUGAGGAUGGUGAGGUCCAUCAUGUAGAGGAAGCUGAGGUACAUGAUGUAGAUGACUUUGAGCUAGAGGAUUUAGGAGAGGAUGAUGAUGUAGAGGACAGUGAGGGUGAUGAUGUACAUGAGGCAGAGAUUGAGGACGAAGAUGUAGAUGUCAGUGAAGGAAGUCUAAUUGAUGUCAGCGUGCAUUGUGACAUUGAGACUUCUAAAGGAAAUGUGGGAGAACAAGCUUCCAGUGCAUUACUUCAGUCUGAACGGUCAACAGAUAAUGAAUUUAUUCAUGAUGUCUGUGGGUUGUCUGAAAAUGAGUGGCUAUCAGAGGAGUUGAUUAGUGGAUCAGAUAGUGAGGACAAUGAUGGGUCCACUAAGAUAAGGUUUCCUACUUUUAGUAUGCCUAAAACAUUGGUGGGUUAUAAAUGGGAAGUAGGAACCUAUUUUGCUGAGAAAAAUGAAUUCACAGAUGCCAUAAGAACUUAUGCACUAAGUAAUGGGAGAAGUUUAAAAUUUAUUAAGAAUGACAAGAAAAGGAUUUCUGUCAAGUGCUUGGGUGGAAGAGGAAAUUGUAAAUGGUAUGCGUAUUGUUCCUUUAAGACUGAUGUCAGUGCAUGGCAACUGAGAAAAGUGUUUGAUGUUCACAACUGUAGUAGAGAUUUCAAUGUAAAGUUGAUGACUUCAAAGUGGUUGAGUGAAAGGAUGGAGAAAACUGUGAGAGAAAAUCCUACAAUGAAGGUCAUGGACAUUAGGGACAAAGUUACUAGGAAAUGGAAUGUAGGAAUUUCAAGAAAUAUGGCUUUUAGGGCAAGAGCAAUGGCAAAAGAUAAGGUUGAAGGAUCAUUCAAAGAUCAAUACAGAAGACUUCACGAUUAUGGUCAUGAGCUGCUGAAAACAAAUCCAGGUACAACAGUACAAAUUAAAGUUGAUAACAAUAAUGGUGAGGUCAUAUUCCAAAGAUUUUAUGCAUGCUUGAAGGCAUGCAAGGAUAGCUUCAUUUGUUGUAGACCUAUUAUUGGCUUGGAUGGAUGCUUUCUCAAAAGCAAGUAUGGAGGGGAGUUACUAACAGCAGUGGGAAGAGAUGGAAACGACCAAAUGUUGCCCAUAGCAUAUACUAUUGUUGAGGUAGAAAACAAAGACUCCUGGACUUGGUUCUUGGAGCACCUUAUUGAGGACCUUGGUGGGGCAGCUGUAUGUGCAGGAUGCACAUUUAUUUCAGACCAACAAAAGGGUCUUUUGCCAGCUAUCCAAGAUCUUCUACCUGGUGUAGAACAAAGAUUUUGUGUUAGGCAUUUAUAUUCAAACUUCAGAAAAAAAUUUCCUGGAAAAAACCUUAAACGUCUCAUGUGGCGGGCAGCAACAGCCACACACCCACAACAAUGGGAGGCUGAAAUGAGGAAUAUUAAAGACAUCAAUUUAGACGCAUUUAAAUAUCUGCUUGCCAUCCCACCUAGGUUUUGGUCAAGAUCUAGAUUCACUUCUAGAUCACAAUGUGACACUCUUGUGAACAACAUGUGUGAGGGCUUUAAUAGUGUGCUAGUUGAUAGUAGGUCUAAGCCUAUUAUUAGCAUGUUAGAAGACAUAAGGGUUUACAUAAUGAAGAGAUGGGCUGCCAACAGGACAAAGAUCACAUCAUAUCAAGGUUCAAUCUGCCCCAAGGUUUUUAACAGAUUUCAGAAGGAGUCCUGGUUAACUAGAUAUUGGUUACCAAGAUAUAUUACCACCAAAGAAGAGGACAAUGCCAGGAAGACCGAAGAAGAAACGAAGACUAGAGGAUUGGGAGUUGAAGAAGAAUAACAGUGAAUUAAGAAAGGGUGGGCAGAGGAAAAGAUGUGCCAUCUGCAAAGAACUUGGACACAACAGAAAAGGUUGUCCACAAAGACCUCCAACAGUAGAGGUUCCUACUGCCCAAUCUGUACAAGUCACCCA